AUGACUAUGUUACACUCUAAAGACGCAUCCAGUCUUGACAAAAUGUAUUACACUUCCGACUCGGAUGGCAGACUUCUGUUUGUCCUGAGCAACGACAGCAAGAACACAAAGAAGACAAACUUCUUAUCUCGCUUCACUUCCAAGCUCACAAAUUGUCGCAGCAAUGACAGGAAGACCAAAGCCAAAGAAUUUUCGAACCAGGCCGAGCCGAAAGAAAGCGCGCGGGCCGUUUCGGAAUUUGCGCAUAGAAGCCUCCGUGCCGAGGCUUUCCAAAAACCGGCUCAUUACUCGCCCGACUCGGUCGAACUCGAUUUCGAAGACUCGUUCAUGCUAGAGCCGGCUUUGCACUUGGACCACUCUGACGUUUCGACGCUUUCGUCUCUGGAGUCGAUCCAGUCUUUCCACGCACGCUUACCUCCGUGCGACAUAUAUUAUGACGAUGAGGCUUCUGUGUUUCUUGAUAAGAACUCGCUAGAGUUUUCUGAGAUGUAUGACAAGGAACAGGAGAGGCUCGAGCUCCGACUCCAGAUCUUGCGCGAGCUCUACUAA